UCACGAGGACGAUCUCGCCUUCAUGUACUUCACUUAUUCACCUUUUUAGUAUUGCAACUGGGGAGAAAUAUGUUUCCAUUACUGAUAACUUAACUCAGUGUUGUUUUUAAUGUGUGUUUUAAGUAAAGUAAUUUCUGUUUGUCCUAAACUCUUCCGGCAUAUGGCGCUCUGUUAGAGAGAUUAAAGUAUCAAAGCAUUCCAUAAAAAAAACCUUUUUGCUUUACAAAACACACGCGCGCGUGAACAUAUUACCAAGUGAUCGGCUGCACUGAUCUGAAUCCUAUCGAAGACAAUCAUCUGUGAUCAUUCUAAGCCAAUCAGAAACGACCUCUAUAGCCACCUGCAGGAAGUUUGUCGUCCGCUUAUCUCCUCCCUUCUCCGCCUGCAGCCAGAUAACAGCCUCAACAGUUGGAACGAGAGCCGGGCAGGUCCAUGGACACCACCACAGCGUGACUCUCUCUGUGCCGCGCUCCGGGUGACCAGUGCUGAGCAAGUGCUUUUUACUGUCCGAAGAAGGCAUUUUUGAGGCACCAUUGGUUAAAAGAGGAACGCUGUAGGGAGAGAAAGGGGGAGAAACGACGCGGCUUUCCGAUAACUCCGCUCCAUCGGUGGCCAAACGGCACCAUGAGUGUCCCGCUUUACGCGCCGACUCCCAUCCAGCCGGCUCACCCGACACCCUUCUACAUCGAGGACAUCCUGGGGAGGACCGCCACCACCUCGUCGCCCUCCUCGUCCGCCUCCUCCUGCUGCUCAACCCCGAUCGUUCCCACGCCGACCCUCCCGUCCCACAACUCCUCCUUCACGAGCCUCGUCUCGUCGUACAGGACGCCGAUUUACGAGCCCACGCCAAUCCACCCGGCGCUCUCUCAUCACGCCGCAGCCGCCGCCGCGCUAAGCGCGACGUACGCCUCGGCCGGGGCUUUCGCCGGGUCCAUCUACCCGUUCCACCACCAGCACCACCGCUCCAUGGGGGAGUACGCACACGCGCUGCUGAGGCACGACCCUCUCGGCAAGCCUCUGCUCUGGACUCCGUUCAUACAGCGGCCCUUGCACAAGAGAAAGGGCGGCCAGGUCCGCUUCUCCAACGAUCAGACCAUCGAGCUGGAGAAGAAGUUCGAGACGCAGAAGUAUCUCUCGCCCCCGGAGAGGAAGAGGCUGGCCAAGAUGCUGCAGCUCAGCGAGAGACAGGUCAAAACCUGGUUCCAAAAUCGACGAGCGAAGUGGCGGAGGCUAAAACAGGAAAAUCUCCCGGGGGGUAAGAGGGAGACGGACGAGGACGCCUCCGCCGCCGGGAGGAGCGCGACCGACCACCAGAGACAGACACCCCCGGCCUCUGAGGCGGCGCAGCAGCAGGGCCCCACGGAGCGGGACUCCGACGUGUCAGAUGACACGGACCAGGAGCUGGACAUCGAGGACGACGAAGAUUUAACGUUGAACCCGUAGCGGAGACCCGCGCGGCUCCACACGGACACUGGGCCCGCUUUGACUUUUCGGAGCCCGAGGGUGGAGAUCAGCGGAAUCUUCUGACACUCGUGGGCACCUCGCGGUGAGUGUCUUCUUCGGCCAGAACGAAGGAGCCGUUGAUAGACUUAAAACCUCCUGAUGUAAUAUUCAUCCGUAUGGAGUGUGGAUCCGGGUGUUUUAUUCAUACAGCCCUCACUCAAGACUCCUAGCACUCUGCUGUAUUUGUGUUCAUUGUUUGUGUGAUAUGUGGGUCCCUCUUUGGAUGUUGUGUCUGAUAAUGUGCGCUCAUGCUCAUGCGUCCAUGGGCCGUUGCCUAAAAAUGUGGUAUUACAAUAAAUAAUGAAUGCAGCGCAAAUCACAUUGUUGGGUGAUGAUAUCCAAUAAACCUUUUUACCAUGUGUCACUUUUGGAUGGAGAUGGAAGCAUUCUAAUUUAUUAUUUUAUAUUUCUUAAAAUUGCACGUGGGAAAAAAUAAAAACAAUGAAUGAUUUAACGAUCUACAAAACGGCAAAAAUGACAUGAAGC